UGCUGCUGCUGCUGCUGCUACUGCUGCUGCCGCCGCCGCUGCCGCUGCCGCCACCGGAGGAAGAUGAGGCUGAAGAUCGGGUUCAUCUUACGCAGUUUGCUGGUAGUGGGAAGCUUUCUGGGGCUGGUGGUGCUUUGGUCAUCCCUGUCCCCCCGGCUUGACGGCCUGAGCCCGAUGAACGGGAUGAGGGAAGGCAGAGAUGCCAAUGCUCCCAUCCUUAACAGAGGAAGCAACGGAUUAGCUCCUGGGGGUGACAGAUUCAAACCUGUGGUACCUUGGCCCCACGUGGAAGGGGUAGAAGUGGACUUGGAAUCUAUUAGAAGAAAAAACAAAGCCAAAAAUGAUCAAGAGCAUCAAGCUGGAGGUGUCAACCAGCAAAACGCCCUCCAGAGACAAUAUCUCACUUUUAAGCCUCAGACACUGACCUACCAUGAUCCUGUGCUCCGCCCAGGAAUCAUUGGUAAUUUUGAACCCAAAGAACCUGAACCUCAUGGUGUUCUUGGUGGCCCUGGAGAGGAAGCAAAGCCAUAUGUCUUGGGACCAGACUACAAAGAGUCCAUUCAUGCCAGCAUUAAAGAGUUUGGAUUUAACAUGGUGGCAAGUGAUUUGAUCUCACUAGACCGCAGCAUCAAUGACUUGCGACAGGAAGAAUGCAAGUAUUGGCAUUAUGAUGAAAACCUGCUCACUUCCAGUGUUGUCAUUGUCUUCCAUAAUGAAGGAUGGUCAACUCUCAUGAGAACGGUUCACAGUGUAAUUAAAAGGACACCAAGGAAAUAUUUGGCAGAAAUUGUGUUAAUUGAUGAUUUUAGUAAUAAAGCACACUUAAAAGAUAGACUAGAUGAGUACAUUAAGCAGUGGAAUGGCCUGGUGAAGGUAUUUCGAAAUGAGAGACGAGAAGGUCUAAUUCAGGCUCGAAGUAUUGGAGCUCACAAGGCCAAACUUGGACAGGUUCUGAUAUACCUUGAUGCCCAUUGUGAGGUGGCAGUAAACUGGUACGCACCACUUAUAGCUCCUAUAUCUAAGGACAGAACUACAUGUACUGUGCCUCUAAUAGAUUACAUAGAUGGGAAUGAUUAUUCCAUUGAACCACAGCAAGGUGGGGAUGAAGAUGGUUUUGCCAGAGGGGCCUGGGACUGGAGUUUGCUAUGGAAACGUAUUCCACUAAGCCACAAGGAAAAGGCCAAAAGAAAACAUAAAACUGAGCCUUAUCGGUAAAGAACAUUGUUUUUUUUUCUUCUGAAGUCAAGUGUUUCUCUAAGUGGUUUGUUUGUUUUUCCCUCCUCAUGAACACGUGUAAAAUAUAUGGGUCCAUACCCCUCCAUUUCAUC